CCGCCCGUAUGUGCGUAUGGUCGUGUAUGGUGUGUCAAAAAUCUAUUUUUCAAAACAUAACCUUAAAAAAUAAAAAAAAUACAUUGAACUAGAUAAAAAAUAGAUUAUUUUUUUAUUCAAUUCGAACUUCUUAAAAAAAGCACUAUUUUAAUUAUAAAGAAAUGUAAAUAAACUGUAGUUUUAGUUUGACAAACAAAAAAUGGACUCAAAAUACGCCCUAAUGGGCAAAUCUCCAUUCAAAUUAAAUGGAGGUAAUGCCAGCUCCGCCAAUUCACACAACACGUUUGCUGUGAAAAGAAAAAUUCCUCAAAUUAAUGGAGGAGGCAAUAAUAAUGCAAGUAAUAAUGUUGGCCUCGAAAAUCGAGGCGAGACUAAAAUUAAAAAACAAAAAACCAAUAAUGAUAAGCAAUCUACCACAACAACAACGAAUGGUGGUAAUGCUUCUCCGAGUGUUGGUGGCAAGACCCAUCAACACCAUCAAAUCAAUCAACAGAAAAUCUCAAUUGAGAAACAACAAAGAAGCCUACCCGUUUAUGGGUGUCGCUUAAAGAUUAUCCAAGAAGUAUGGAACUCAGACACAAUUGUGUUAAUGGGUGAAACGGGAUCUGGUAAAACUACACAGAUUCCACAAUUACUACUUCGCGCAGGCUUUGGCAACAAGGCCAUGAUAGCUAUUACACAGCCACGUCGAGUGGCAGCGAUAACUGUGGCUAAGCGAGUUGCCCAGGAAUUGAAUACGAAAUUAGGUGAAACGGUUGGUUUCACUGUGCGUUUCGAAGACUGCACAUCAAGUUCCACAAAAAUCAAAUUCGUCACUGAUGGUUCUUUAUUGCGAGAAGCAUUGUCUGAUAGGCUUUUGAAAAACUAUUCCGUCAUAAUGUUGGACGAAGCUCACGAACGGACAAUCAAUACAGAUGUCCUCUUUGGCAUUGUCAAGGAGGCACAAAAGCAAAGAAAACUUCGGUGUAUGUUGCCUUUGAAGGUGCUCGUUACAUCGGCAACUAUGGAUAUUGACCAUUUUGCCAAGUACUUUGGUGUCAAGGGCAUGUAUCUGGAAGGUAAAACUUUUCCAGUUAAAGUUAUGCAUACUAAGGAGACACAAAGUGAUUACUUGCAUGCAAUAUUGGUGACACUUUUCGAGAUUCAUAGAAGUGCGCCACCAAAUCAUGAUGUGCUGGUGUUUCUAACUGGUCAGGAGGAAAUUGAAGCGAUGGCACAACAAAUACGAAUGAUCGCUAAGAAUAACACCUUGAAUGCCCCAAAUAUACGUGUAUUCCCCCUCUACUCACAACUACCUCAAAACAAACAGCUCGAAUGCUUUAUACCAUCGCCACCAAAUGCUAGAAAAGUGAUUCUAGCUACAAACAUUGCCGAGACGUCAAUUACAAUUCCUGGCAUUCGUUUUGUCAUUGAUUGUGGUUUCGUCAAACGUCGCAUAUACAAUCCCGAAACUAAUUUGGAUAUUCUAAAAGUGGUGCGAAUAUCACAAGCGCAAUGUUGGCAACGAUGUGGGCGAGCUGGUCGUGAUGCAGAAGGUACAUGCUAUCGGACGUAUACAAAAGAAGAACUAGAAGCAUUUGAAAAAAUGCCAAAGCCAGAAAUCUUGCGUAGUAAUAUUUCAGCUACAGUCCUUCAAUUGCUUGCUCUUGGAAUCGACUGUAAGACAUUUGAUUUUCUAGACAAACCAGCACCAGAUGCCAUUGAUAAGGCAUACAAGCAACUUUUACUCUUGGGAGCAAUCAAAAUCAAUGAUGCCAAAAGUGAAUUGACGACUUUGGGCAAACAAAUGUCACAAUUUCCUCUCGAUCCCAAAUUCAGUAAGCUACUUUUAACUGCACCAGCAUUUGGUUGCUUAGAAGAAAUGCUUAGUUUAGUGGCUAUUUUGUCUGGUGAAAAUAUCUUUGUAUCGAGUAUAGAGAAACGGGAACAAGCUGCUUUGGCCCAUGCGAAGUUUGAGUCUAAGUUAGGGGAUCACUUGAUGCUGCUCAAUGUAUAUAAAGCUUUUGAGAAGACAGACAAAAUUAAGCUCUGGUGCCAUGAUAAUUUCCUCAAUACUAGAAAUCUCCUCUAUGCACGAGAUGUUCGAAAUCAACUGCUCGAGAUCUCACAACGUCUAUCACUUGAAGUAACUAGUUGUGGCAAUGACAUGGACCAAGUUCGAAAAUGCAUUUUAGCUGGAUUAUUUGAUAAUAUAGCUGAAUUACAACGUGACAAUUUCUAUCUGACAGUGUCUGGACGCCAACGUGCCAAAAUUCAUCCCUCGAGUAUUUUACAUGGAAAAUAUCGUCCCGCCUAUAUAAUAUUCACGGAAAUAGUCUUAACCGAACGUAAUUUCCUUCGACAAGUAAUGGAAAUCGAAGCCGAAUGGAUCGAAGAAGUUGUUCCUAAUUAUCCGCAUUUAAGCAGAAUAAGAAAUCCUUUAAAGUAACUAAAAGUAAUUUAUGAAUUUUUAUUUUAUUCCUUUAUAUUAUGAUUUUCUUUUUUUUUCUCUUUAAAUGACCCUUCGUAUACCUAUAAUUAAAAAAAAAAAGGUAUUUUAUACAAAAUGUAAUUUGUAUAUUUGAAUAUUGUUUUAAGGCAUUUUUGUGUAAAUUAAACAAAAAAUUUUACUGUUUUGUUUUAUAUAAAUAUUUUGUGGUUUUAAGAAUUAAAAAACAAAAAAAAAAAAAAUAAAUAAUUAUGUUUAACAAUAGUCAAACGUGAAAGAUUCGAUGAUAGAUCAUGUCGAUCACUACACCUAGCGUACCUUUUUAGAUUCAAAAUAAAUCUUAUCUUAUAACUUUAAA